AUGACGUCCCAGCAAAAGCCCGAAGGCAGCGCCCACGCCAAGCACAACCCGCACCCGGACUUCAAGUCCGUCGAGGCGUCCCGGCCGCCCUUCGACCCCUCCCUCGACGUCCGCUUCACCAAGACGGUCGACCCGGACUGGAAGUACGGCGGCGGCGCCAACGCCCUCGGCCGCUCCGACGCCGCCCACGUCGCCAUCGACCCCUACGAGGACGGCCGCCCGGCCAUCUUCAACUACAAGCUCCUCAUCUCCUCCGUCGUCCCCCGCCCCAUCGCCUUCCUCUCCACCCGCUCCGCCGACGGCGCCGUCGAGAACCUCGCGCCCUUCAGCUACUUCAACAUGGUCAACCACGACCCCCCGCUCUUCGUCGUCGGCUUCGCCGCCUCCGUCGCCAGCCCCAAGGACUCGCUCCGCUGCCUGCUCGACAGUCGCGAGUGCGUCGUCAACAUCAUCGGCGAGGGCUUCCUCGAGGCCGCCAACAGCACCAGCGUCAACGCCCCUUACGGCCGCAGCGAGUGGGACGUCAGCGGCCUCACCCCUGUCCGCGACUGCAAGCACGUCGCCGCCCCGCGCGUCAAGGAGGCCGUCUUCAGCGUCGAGGGCAAGCUCGACUUCUACAAGGAGUACGACUCCAAGUCCACCCCCGGCAAGAAGAGCGGCGUCGUCGCCUUCAUCGAGGGCGUCAACUUCUGGGUCCGCGAGGACGCCAUCAACGCCGACAAGAACAUUGUCGACCCCAAGGUUCUUCGCCCCAUUAGCAGAUUAGGCGGCAUCACCUACGGACGGACCACCGAGGUCAUCGAGCUCCCGAGGCUGGACUGGGAAAAGGACAUUGGUGGCGACGAGGGCUGGGAGAAGAUCGCCAAGAGCGAGUAA